AGUCGGAAUGUCACCGACUUUUGCGAGAGGUAAAGAAAGGGAAGGGAAGGGAGGGGAGGGGGGGGGUUCCAAGAAUGAAAUUCCAUGGAAUUAGCCCAACAAACGACAUUGUGGAGCGACUGAGACAACAAAGAGAAUUGGUGAAUUUGAUUUAAAAGAGAAAAAAUGCAAAAGCAAAUACAAUCGUUUCAAAGAGUGAUUCCGUGGCCUGACGGGGCAGUUCGGUGGACAUGUAUGGUGGCAGACAACGUGUUAAACGCGCGGUAAAACGACCUUUUGUAUUGUGUUGUACGUAGCGUGCGCGCCAAACUUUUAAGAGUGCGCGGAGAGUGAAUGUGGUUUUUGCGGGUGGGGUGGGGAAUGUCAUUAACACAUACAUUCUCACUGCACGGGUUGAACUGCGAAUGCUCAGUUCUGAGAGAAUACCCAAGUGACAUUUGCUUGAAAUUGUUUUUCCAUAUCUGCUCGAUUAGUACUCGAUACGCUUCAAAUUGUGGAUUUGUGAGUGAUCAAGUUGGUUCCCAAAUAGCCAGCUCGUACUUUAUAGUUGAUUUGGGGCUGUUUAACGAAAAAUCGUUCCGAUGUCGUACUUUGUGGCUGAUUAAGAGAUAGACGGUACUUUCCGGAACUAUGGAGCUUUUUAACAGGCACAUGGCACUCUUUGAAACUUUGCGGCUGAUUAGCACUAUGUGUAGGGUUCAUGAUGGAACUUGAAGGCUUGUUAAGAAAGGGUACUGAACUUGGUGGAACUUUAUAGCUUUUUAAUGCAUGUCAUCGGUACUAGGUGGCUCUUGUCAAAGUGUCAAAGACUGACGCCGGCAAUCAUCUCAUUGCUGCUGCACAAGUUAGAUUCGUUAAUUGAAGAAUGAAUAUUGAGUGAAGUGAUUGUGAAUUAUCAGUAAAUUGUGUAAAUUUGUGUGUAAUUCAUCAAUACAAAGAAAUUAAAAAUAUACACAUGUGUUUAAACGAAAAAAAUCUUGUUGUUUAUUUCAUCGAUGACGCUUGCUUGAAAAUAAAAUACAAAGAAAAAUAAUCCCUGGCACCGUGGCAUAAGGAAGCUGCUUAGGCGCUGUUUGAAAGACCCACAUAGAACUUUGAUGCUGUUUAUCUACUGCAAAAGGCGAAUUCAAGCAGCGAUCUUUAGCGUGCCAAAAUGAGCUGAUUAAGCAAUUCUGGCUAUUUGGGUUUGAAAGCGCCAAGAUUUUGUGUGUUCGUAAAUUAGACGUUCCUCUAUCGAUGGACGAUGCCGUCGAGGUCAUUUUUCAUUCAUAGCUAUGGUUUUUUGAUUAAAAACAAAUGCUAAUUUUGUGUGACGUUAUUCUAUAAAAAAUGGGUAUUUUUAAAAUAUAAAAUGGGUACAUGACCAACUAUAACGAUAGGAAACACCAUUUCCGAGCGAAUCUAGAAGAAAGUAACGAAAAAGCCGCAUCACAGUUGAUUUUAAAGGACUUUUUCUGAAUUCCCUUAAACUGGUGCAGUUUAAGGGAAGUUUAAGGUUCCAGGUUAAGGGAAUUUACUCGAAUUCCCGAUUAUUCGUGCUCGAAAAUGUCAAUUGGGUAUACUCGAGCGCUCGCGCAUGAGUGCAAGCAAGCGCGGUAUAGAGGAUAGAGGGAGACAAACGAUUAUUUUGCUCCAAGCUUUCUACUUUUGUCCCGUUGGGUUGUGUGGGAUCCUAGAGUAAGAAACAGAAAGAAUGUCAUGUAUGAUGGUUGAAGGCAGUUGAAGUUGAGCAGCAAAUGAAGAAGGUUGUGUUCUGGUAACGAACGAGGUGGUGUGCGUGUGUGUGUGUACUCUGUACUGGUAGGAUAUCACAUUGGCGAUCCUGCCAUGAUAAAAUUGAAGAAGGGGGGAAAAGUAGAUUUUGCCAAGGACCGAGUGUAAAGGUAUUAUAAGAGAAUUGCUGGAAAACAGAAACCUGAAUCGGGUUCGGCCUAUGAUCAAAACCAAGAUUUAGUUAAACUGUUGGUGGGUUUUGUGCACAAAGAAGAGGAAGAGACUCCUAAAUGACUAGCUGUGUGUGUGAGCGUUUACAUACACCGAGAAUGCAGCUGAGAAAAUAACUGACAGCAUGCUUUGACAGCGACUGACAGCAUUUUCGGUGAGAGAAUUCUCCUCGGCAUGCAAAGAACGAUGGAGCUGAGAAAAAUUGAAUUGGCGGUUUAUAGCGAUCGAUCAAUUAUAGUUUGCAUUUUUGCCGUCUAAUAAUCGUAGAAAUAUUAUUAAAAAGUAAAAGAAACUUUUUUGAAUUCAUUUUAGCGAUUAAAAUGGAUUUUUUCAACAUCAUUUUAAAAGUCUCAUCUCGGCGCUUUUCAGAGCUUCUACACACACCAGCGUGAGAAACCGGUUGUCAAUUCUCUCACAGCCAUCUCUCAGCUGCAGUCUCGGUGUAUGUAGAAACGCUCUGUGUGUGUGUGUGUGUGUGUGUGUGAGAGAGAGAGAGAGAGAGAGAGAGAGAGAGAGAGAGAGAGAGAGAGAGAGAGAGAGAGAGAAAAAUGAGUUUGACGAGUCGAUGAAGGAGUUACGUGUGUAGUGGUGAGUGUGGCGAAACGCGCGCUUGCAGAGCGUUACGGCGAACGGGUUGCCAGUAUCGAUGAUCGUGUAUGAAUAUCUGAUCUCUUUUGUUGUGGGAGAUGGAUUGGUAUAUGUGAAAUGAGAGUUUAUGUUCUUUUCUUUUGGCGCGGAUGAAGUGCAGAAUUUGGUUUGACUAUCAUUCUUUGUUAGUUUAUCGCUGGAAGCGGACGGUAAAAUAUUUGCGCGAAGAAAAUAAAAAGUGUCAUAUUUUGUAAAAUCAAAAUGAGCAAAGGCUGGGCAGUUAGCGAUAUAUCACAAAGUGAUGAACAGCCGGAUGCAAAAGAGCAGGAUGACAUGCAUUUUGCUGCUAGAAAAACUACCAACGAGUGGUUGUCAGGAUCGUGGCCGUUAAGGCAUUUCUAUGAAACAGUGCCAACUAACAAACGCAAGGCGGAAUGGAUACGGUUUCGAGAUCAGUUUAAGAUUAUAGUGGCAUGCAAAGCGCCUGUUGAUUCAAAAACUCGUGUAACGGGUCUAAAGAUUUUUGCAGGAAGCUAUUUGUUGAGCAUCAUCGAAAUGCAGCAGCGAAAUUUGCCGUCCGAAUCGGAGGAUAUAUACAACGAAAUUAUCCGCGCACUUGACGAUUAUUUUAGUGAUUUGUGCGACGCAUCAAAAGAGAGGAUGAAGUACCGUGAGAUGAAGAUGAAAGUGCAUGGACCAUUUGCGGACUGGGUGCUGCGUCUUGAAAAGCAAGCGGUGUUAUGCGAGUUCGUGGGUGCGCAGCGUGAGGAGGAGAUAAUGCAGGCGGUGGUACGGCGAUCGGUUCCAGAAAUAUCUGCUAAGCUUUACGAAAUGGCAAACUUUUUCGGUAACAAUUUAGAACGGGUAAUUAGCCAUGGAAAACAUCUCGAUUUCAUUCGUACGGAAGACGCGGAGAGGAAGCUGGAAGGAGAAGAAGGGAACUCCGCGCAAAGUCAAGAUGAUCGACGAGCAUUGAUAAGACCGAUGAAUGAUAUCCUUUCGGCGAAAGUUCCGGCUAAUCGAUGUAAGCCUUACGAGACAAAGUGGAGCAAAAUGCGAGCUGCUGGAUCUCGAGUACAGAAGAAUGAGGAAAUGCGUGAAGGAAUGCGACUAUGUACGAAGUGCGGACGUGCGCACGGUUGGGGCCAAUGCAAAACAUUUCGCGCGAAAUGUUUCUCUUGUGGAAGAACCGGCCAUUUUGCCGAAUUUUGCUUUGCAGCAAAAAGGAACCAUAAUACAAUGGGAAUGAAACAAGAAGCCGAGCGUGUCAACCAGGUAGAAGUUGACGUUCCGGAGUGAAAAAAAUGUUUCUUUUGUUUUGAAAUAAAUAAAGGAAAUUAAAAGUUACACUCUUUGUUAAAUUUAAAUCGUGUGCUGGUAUACUUAUUUUUUUUCUUUUCUUUUCUUUUUAUUUUUUAUAUUUUAGCUGAUAACUGGCAAGGCAACGUCACCUGGGGUGAUAAGUGAUCCGCGUAUCGUGAAUUGUGUUAUAGGACCGGUGGAGUUUAAAUUCUUGGUGGAUUCGGGGGCGACAGUGAAUAUGGUAACUAAGAAAGGUUGGAAGACGAUCAAGGAAUAAUGCAGUUCUGUAAUUCAAGACCUUACAUUGCACCCAGAAGAAAUUUUGAAAGGAUAUGCUACUCAUCGACCGUUAGAAGUGAUGUGUUCAUUUAGGGCUUAUGUGGGGGUGAAGGAUGCUGGACAGGACAGGCAAUUGGCCAAGUUUUGUGUAGUGAACGGUACAGAGAUUUCACUUCUCGGUUUUCAAACGUCAAGUCAGUUAAAAUUAAUAAGGAUAGGGCUAGGGCUGCUAAAGAAGGAGAUAAAUUGUGUCGAAUUAGUUGGGAGAAACACAAGCAGCGACAACAGUGAAUCGGGCCCAGGUGCGGCUGAUCAGUGGGUCAAAUGGUAAAAGUAAAGCUCAGCCCUCUACGUUACAUUGGAGAAGCGUUACAUCCCUUAAAAUAUUCCCAAGCAGCAUUUUUACUACAUUUUUGUCAUCCAGGCGACCGACCAGUGUACAUUAUUUGAA